CUAUUGUACAAAUGCGCGGGCUGUGCGUGGGCGAUGUGUGGGGGCAUAAACAUUGUCACGUGACGAGGUCACAUGACCGUUAUCCCAACAAAUACUGCUUAUAAGAUAUACAAUUUGGAAUAUUUUAUGGAAUCAAAUUAGCAAUGAUCGGGAAAAUAUUUUGUAUCGUGCAUGGAUAAACUACAUACUAGACGCCACGAAACGCAGGUUAAAACGCGCUAUAGGCCACACUUAAAAAGAUUACGAAUCACGUCAUUAGAAGAACUGACAAAUCAAAAUUACAUUAUCAGCUAGAAAGAUACUAGAAAGGUAUUCGAACGGUAUGUAACACUCGACCUGUUCGGCAACGCAUUAUUGAUCCGAAUUAGCUAACUAUUACCUACUCAAUUAUACAAUCACGUUUCUUGGCAUAGCCUUGCUUCCUUCCCGUUCCUCAGAAGCUAAUACAGAUACGAUACAUAAAACCCACCAACACCCCGCGUCUUUUCCCCACUGAUCAUUCUACUUUUCCCCUCCAUGUCAAGAAACUUAUUCCGAACAGCCCAGUCUACUUUUAGGCAAUCUUACAGACCGUCGCACAUCUCAUCACUGAGACAGUUUCAUACUACGUCGCCCAGAAUGACUGUACACAACUACCAGACUGCCGAUUCCUUCAAGGAGGCCGUUAAGAACAACAAGGUCGUCCUGCUCGACUGCUUUGCCACUUGGUGUGGUCCUUGCAAGGCCAUUGCUCCCAUCCUAGCGAACCACUCGAACGAGGAGCAGUUCAAGGACAUCCAUUUCGCCAAGAUCGACGUUGACGACCUACCCGACCUGGCCGAAGAGCUCGGAGUCACCGCCAUGCCUACCUUCCUGCUCUUCAAGGACGGCGAGUUGGCGCCUGCUGAGAAGCUCGUCGGCGCAAACCCUAACGCGCUCGUUACGCUUCUCAAGAACAACGCCGCCUGAUUGGUGACCUGUUUGUCGGGUGGGGUCGGUCGGUUGAGAACGAAGUAUGAAUAGAGGGGCGUGCGAACUUGGCGUCGGCCGAGAAAGGAUAUCCCACAGAGCUCGAGGUCGCAUUCAUCGGUACGGGUGGUCGCGGAGGAGGCUUUGUCAUGUUCAUGAGUAUAGUUUUUGCUUUAUUAAUAGAGUAGCGUUUACGAAACCCUGAAUAAAUGAAUAAUUCCUAGUG